GUCAUGUUAUUGAAAGUAUCUAUUAUACCAUAGUUCAAACAAUGUUAACGCUUUAUUCUUUUUCAAUCCAUUUAAAACUAAUUACUAAUCAGAUGGGAUUUCAAUAUGGUGGAUAUAUAAUUGCUGACAUAGUGUUGGAUUUUAUGUAACUUUUUAACAGUUUAUAAAUGAUAAAGUAUUCACCACUUUGAACAUAACGACAACAUUCUAAACCAAACCAGAAACGCAUUAAAGAUAAACUCCAAGUAUAAGUUGGAAAAAUGAAGAUUCAAAAUGGUGGAUGUGUAGUAAUUUUGAUAAUACUAGUAUCAAUUUUGAGAGAAAGUUAUUCGAUAUCUUAUAGGAAUUUUGAAAAGUUCUUCAAAAAUAUAACCGGUGGUAAAAACAUAAAUUUGCGGCCAGUCCUUGACCAUAAAUCGAAAGUGAAUAUUUCUAUUUAUUUUCAUUUAAUAUAUAUCCAGGAAUUUAAUGAAGUUGAGGGAAAAUUAAGUUUAACCGGAUACUUUAAUAUAAGUUGGGUUGAUCAGACUAUACCUUGGAAUAGCACAGAAAAUGGAAUCGAACAAUUUACUCUCCAAGAGCAUAUAAUUUGGAAACCAUCUUUUAUUAUUGGAAAUCCAUAUGAUGGUGUAAAGUUAAUUUAUAGAGACGAAAAUGUGAUAAGAGUACAGAGUAAUGGUGUUGUUACGUGGACCACUGGAGAUAAUUAUGAGGUAUUUUGUAAUGCAGACGUUUCGAGGUAUCCAUUUGAUACACAGGUUUGCAAUCUUGAGAUAUUACCAUGGGGAUAUACAAAUGAGGAAAUAGUCGUUGUACCGAUUUUCGACUUUGUUGUGCACGAGAUGUUAAAUCCACAAAAAACAUGGGAAUUUAUUGGUUCAAGUGUUACAAAACGAAAAGACCUUCAACUUCUAACAUAUUCAAUGAAACUAAAACGCCAUUCCAUGUUUUUCGUUUUUAACCUGAUUCUCCCAAUCAGUAUGAUGAUUAUUUUAAACAUUUUUGUGUUUUUACUUCCAACAGAAAGCGGAGAAAGAGUUGGAUAUGCUGUAACUGUUCUUUUGGCAAUCGCAGUUUUCUUGACUAUUUCAUCUGAAAAUCUUCCCGCAACUUCAAUUCCACGAUUGUCUUCAAUAUCUAUUCUUUUAUUUGCCGAUGUUUGCAUUAGUGCUUUCAUUGUUAUCAUGGUUAUUUUAAGCUCACGAUAUUAUCAUCGGAAGCGUGAAUAUCCAGUUACUAAGUUUAUGCGGGGAUUUGUAAAUGCUUCAAGAAUAGUACGCUGUAAGAUGUGUUGUUCUAGGAGAAAAAAGGAAAAGUAUAGUGCAAAGGAAAAGGAAGAGGAAAUUGAAUGGACCGAUGUCGGAAAGGAAAUUGACAUGGUAUGCAGUAUAUUCAUUACUGUUGUGAUUUUAAUUGUCAAUGCUUUGUAUAUCAUAGAUGUCGCAGUGUGAUCACCGAGUUUACAUUAAUCUUAUCAUUUGUUUCAUAGUUUGAAUUCAAGAUAUCACAAAAAAAACAUGAACUACAAGGACUGAUUUUAAAUAUAUGAUUUAUUCUAUCGUGUAAUUUGCUUUUAGCACAAAUAAAAAUCUCUA